UCUACACUACACAGAUUAUAAAAUAUACGUUGCCGCGAGCGUCAGCUGCGUCAGUGAAAAUUUUCGCUUUGCUUGUAAAUGUUUGUAUCAAAUUACGUUGGAAUAAGUAUUCGUGUUAUAUGAGCGUUAGUGGUGAUUGUGAUUCGUUAGUUCGUGUAAUAGUCGGUGAUUCUGUGGCCGUUGAGGUUAUCUACAAAGUGAAUACCGCCUAGCAAGAUGGUAAUAGAGAAAGUACAUGGUCUUCAUGCUACGGGGAUGAGUCUCAAUGAUCGGUUUUCGAUGUUGGCGAGUGCAGCACCGGAUCGUGUACUGCAGAGGAAGAGACGCGCUUCAGUGGGAUCCUUAAUAAGCCAAAAUUAUAACUAUAGCAACCGUCUAAUUGAGCAGGUCGCUCGCCGGCUGGAGAUGCAAGCGAAAAGGCUAGCGCUUAGACAACGGCUAGGUUAUCAACAGUCCAACUUACGCCGAGUUGGCAGUGAUGGAAACCUGGCAGGUCUAAGGAGGUCCAACAGUUUUGGUAAUCUCAGCCAACAGAGCAUCAAGAACAGAGUGGCUUGGAGGCAGUCUAACAAUAAUCUCAGUAGAUCAGCGUCAUUCAGCAACCUGGCCAAUCUAGCGUGGCGCGCGCGACCAGCGCGCGGGUUUCGCAAACGCGGCGGCGGCCAGAGAGCAUUGCGGGGCAAACUAAGGACUGGUCGUCAAGUAGGAAACCGUCAGGUUGGUCAGUUGAGGCAGAGGAAUGGUUUGCAACAGAAUGGGCAGCAACGUCGUGGGUUCCAGCAACGCCGAGGCAUGCGUCGCCGGGGGGGACAGCAACAGAACGGGCAACGUCGCCAGGCACAGCAACAGAAUGGCACACAGACACAGAACAAGCAACAGGCUGGUGCACAGGGACAACGAGCACAGACUGCACGGCGGGGCCGCGCGAGAGGACGAGGUGGAAUCACACGCAGCCAAUCACAGAACCGCAUUUUAACCAAGGAGGAGUUAGAUGCGCAACUGGACCAGUACAUGUCUUGCACCAAGGCAGCUUUAGACCAGGAGUUAGACAACUAUAUGAGAAAUGCGAUGGAACUGGAGUGAUAUAUAAACUAAUUGUGACUUUGUGUGUGUUCUAGUGAUAUAAGUGGAUGGGUGAGACUUUUCUACUAACUCUCUCUUUGACUAGUUUCUCUAUUAUAGACCAGGAGCUUACCACUUAGAUUUGUCAGACAUUUCAAGUUUAGCUCGGUUUUCUUGUUGAUAUUAAUUUAAAACAUCUGUAUUGAUUAGCAGUAGCGAUAUUGUGACGUCAUUGGAUACGUGAUGACGACAUCGUUUGCGGAAUUGUUUAAAGUUUAAUGGUUAAAAUUAUAUUGCUAUAACUCAUAUCAUUGUUGUUUAUUACCUUUUGAUAGUUUGUGUGUACAGUUGUUCUGAUUUAACUUAGCUUGGUGUUUAUACUAUAUGCCUAAAACUGGUUGCACAUAAUAUGUAAAUAUAUAAUAACUAUAGAAUUCUUGGUUUUCUUUUUUUAGUAAUUAGAAAGAAAAAUAUCUAGAGUUAUUAUAAAAUACUGAACUAAGUUUGGCAAGCGCAGCUUUUAGUGAAAUCAACCAGUUUUAAGUAUUAUCCAUUGUCCAUACAUAUUUAUUGUUUCAACGACAUAGUCAACAGCCCAUGGUCGUCCACUGCUGGUCUGUGGACCUCCUUUACAUAAGAAAAAAUUGUCUUAUUACCACAUAGAUAGAACACGAAUUAAAAGCAAUAAUAUAUAAUUUACCUACGAUUGUUAAAUCGUAAAUAAACAUUUACUUUUUUUAUGUUAUGCCAUGAUCUUGGCUAGCAAUAAGCUGAAAUGUUUGGUGGCUAUCAUUUUGUUAAACACCAUAUUAGAUGGCUCUUAUUUAAGUACCGUAAAAUGGGGUGAAUAGGGAUCGAGAGGUGAAUAGGGUCAGAAGAGGGGUGAAUAGGUACAGGGAAAUUCUUCAUAGUAUCUAUUCACCCCUCUUCUGUCCCUAUUCACCUCUCGAUCCCUAUUCACCCCAUUUUACUGUAACACAUAAAUUUUGGCCAAUCAGUAUUGCUGUCAAAAAUUGAAUCACCAAUAGUGUGACAGCUAGUUACCUAUUGGAUGAAAAGACGAGAGUUUCGCACUAGCCAUUAAACGGUAGCUCCCAUUACAUGGGACUUAUGACACAAUGGGUGUAAAAUUGAUGUGCCACUUAAUAUUAUGUGCCUAUGCACUCAGAAAAAGUGACAAUUAAAUUGUUGAUUGAUUUGAUAAAAAGUAACAAUUAUAAUUAAAAUAAAACUGACCAUGCCAUUUAAAAAAAAUUGACGUUGUUUUUUUUUUAUUAUUAUGUAUACAGUACGGACUAUUUAGUUAUUGGCAGAACGACCGUAAAUACUAGUAAAUAGUAUGUCUGUCAGCUAAAUUGUUAUAUGAAUGAUUUAUAUCAUAUGACGUCAUGUUUUUGUACUUUUUUACGAAUUAUUACGGAUCAAACUUCCCCAGCACUAUGUCUCUAUCAGCAGUAUAUAUUUUUUUUUUUUAUAACUCUCUUGCCAUCUAUCACUUGAGUGUCCUACGUAUUUUAUUCAUUUUGCUGUAUUGCUGUUAUUAGUCACUCUAAUAAGCACCUUAUUUCUUACGCUUUAAGGCUGAUAUUACAUUGCUGAAAAUGUAUUUUGAAAUUGUACUCCACAUCUAUGCUUUUGGAAAAAUGGGCCGGUCCUACUCGGCUCGGCCGGCCUCACAAGAAGCUGGCGUGAAACAACGUUUGCGUUGUGUAAGUGAGAUUACCGAAGGCCUAAUCCUUCUCGUUAAAGGUCGGCAACGCACUUGUAACUCCUCUGGUGUUAUGGUGUGCAUUGAUUGCUCACCAUCAGUUGAUAUUUCUUUUUUUUAUUAAUUUUUUUGCUCAUUUGAAACCAAAAAUUUUGGUUAACUGUGUUCUGUAUACCUCUUAGAAAAUGGACAAAAACGUAUUUUUUUUUAUUACUACGACUAAGGUAAAGAGAUAAAUCAUUGUAAAGAAAUAAUUGAUACAUAUGUGUAUUGAUAUUUACCAAGUACAUAAUAUCGAUAGACGAUACGUAUUGUUAGAUGCUAUGUAACUAGCGUAAACUUUGUGUAUAUAUACAAAUUACUAUAUUAGCAUGUAUGCACACAUUAAAUUAAUUGAAAUAUACAGCAUAUAUUAUAUGACCAAAUUACGUGAACUAUUUGUAAAAAAUAUCGACUAGUUAACCAAAUGUCGCUGCAAACAUAGCUCGUGUUUAUAGGUCCCGCUGUAGCUCGAAACUAGUCGAGGUUUACUCGAAUAGCUUUCGUGAAUGCUCCGUAUAUUUCAAUCAAUUUACUACAUCUCACAGUAGUUACUAUGAAUAUGCACACAUGUUUAAUUUAGAAAAGAAAAAUUAAUUGAAAAAAUACCCUUGUUGAGUAUAUACCCUUACUAGAUGCGUAGCGCAGUGGUAGGCCAAUUGGCUGCUGUUCAACGUGUCGCGGGUUCUGUUCCCGUCGGGUGUCAUGUGUAUGUAAACUUGUAUGUUUGUUAACGCACCCACGACACAGGAGCCAAUCCUAUGUGGGUUUAGAUGGGGAAAAAUGUGAAAAGUUAAAAGUCAUAUUCUGGACAAGGUAUAAAAUUGAUAACCUCCCUUGGUUAGUAGUACCUAAAUUGUUUUUCAUUUAUGUAAAUUUUAUUGUUUCGUUUGUUUAUAUGUGUGGCCGAUUUCUAUGUACUAUAUAAAGAGUAUUGUUUAAGCCGACCUAAGAUAAAAUUUUUGAGUUAAAAUCGCUGUAGAUAUUAUCGAUGGCAAUGAUUAUGGAUCGCCCCUUUUAGAGUAGUCAGUAAGAUGAAGGACAUAAUAAUGAAUAAAUUUCAAUAGAAUUAUGAGAAAAGAAACUUUUUCAAAAAGAGUUUAAGAUGUACGUAGAAAUCGGUCAUUAUAGAAUUACCUAUAACUUGUACAUUUGCUUAUUUUGACUUAAUCAUUUGAGAUUUUAUUAAAACUGAAAAGUUUAUUAUCAUUAAUAUGAGUAAGUUACUUAGAAAUUACCAUUUUGAUACCAUAGAUAAAAGAGAAACUCAAUCAGUCUGUGAUCAUUUUGUCUAUGGCUGCCGAAAAGCCACGAUGCCAAUGACUAUUAUUGUUUUUUUUUUGCUUCUUGCCUCAAAAGAAUCUGAUUCUAAAACUUUUGAGGCUUUAGAGUCGAUUCAUAUUAGCACAGAGUCGAAACUCAUUAAAAAGUCGAUGUCAUAAUAAAUUCACCCUUAUCUCCCAAUGGACAAAUAUAUUUUAAAGUUUUGUUUUUAGAGGGAAAGUCAUCAAAUGACUCCUCCAGUUUUGGGUGAGGCGUGAGGGAGUGUCAGACUUACUGACUAUACGCCACCCUGUUCCCACUACGUUCCUAGUACCCUAUGCUGGGGCCACAGCGAGUCUUGACCGCGACUCAAGCAGGAGAAGUUUGACUUUGAAUGUCAUAUAAAUUAUGAUCAAAAUUAAAUAAUGCAUCAUUCGUUUAAGCACAAUUAAUGCUGACUUUAUCACAAUAAUAAUAUGUGCUUUAUAUAGCGGAGAUAAAGGGGAAUUUGCCAUGUGACUAAAGAUUUACUAUAUUUCACUUGGAUGCUCUUCGACCAUGUGCUAAUGUAAAUUGGACCUUAGAGAUUAUAGAAAAGUGCCUAAGUUUCCGUCUGAAACUAGUCUAAAUCUUUGUUUCGACCUAAUUACCCUAGUUUUAAGGUUUAAACUUGUUGAAUAUGCUUCCACUUCUUUUUGUACGCAUUGAGUGACGCCGUCACUGUGAUACCAUUGAUGUAAAUACAUACAUAGUAAGACGUGAGUGUGCAUAAUAAAGACUCACAGAAAUAUA